GGAAAGGAAAAUUAUUUUUUUACGGUUAAACCUAUUUGGUUGGUGGUUUGAAGAAGAGAAAAACUGAAGCCUUUAUACUUGGGCUUUCUAUUGAGGCCGAUUAGCACCAAGUCACCAAUACGGCCCAUAUAUUAUUAGCCCAAAGCGCUUUGGGACGGGCUUACGAGCUUUCUGUUUAAGUUUACCAAUACCUGUAAGUUUCAGAGCAUAGAGCUAUCUGGAAUGGAGAUUUGCCGGCUGCCAAAUCAACCGGCUGUUAUUCAUCUCCGGCAGGGUCAAACUGCCGGAAUAUAUUUUAUUAAAACGCCACAGUUUUCAUCUAAUAUUAAAUGCAGUGUAGGUGAAGAAUCCAGCACUAAAAACCCGGAUUUGAAAAAUCGAAUGUUCAUUCUGGGGAUGGGUUUCGUAGGAAAAUUCUUGGCUGCAGAUUUGAAAAGCAAUGGAUGGGAAGUUACAGGAACUUGUACCAGUACUGCACGGAAGAAGAAAUUAGAGGAAAUGGGGUUGCAUGCGCACAUAUUUGACGCUACUGAACCACAACAGGAAGUCCUCGAUAUCUUGAAAUUCCAUUCACAUCUUCUUAUCUCCAUCCCUCCAGUUUUGGGUGUUGGUGAUCCGAUGCUUCGGCGUAAAGAAUUGCUAAAAGAAAGACUAAAGGAUGGUAACCUCCAGUGGCUUGGUUACUUGUCAUCAACAGGUGUUUAUGGAGACUCUGGUGGUGCAUUGGUUGAUGAAGAGUUUCCACCUAGCUCGACGACUGAAUUGGCUAAAGCAAGGAUAGCUGCAGAGGAAGGAUGGUUACAUCUGGCUUGUGAUGGAAGGGUCUCUGCCCAAAUAUUUAGAUUGGGUGGCAUAUAUGGUCCUGGUAGAAGUGCUGUUGACACUAUUCUCAAGCAAGAGCCUCUGUCUAAAGGUCAGAAGAUGAGAUUCUCCAGGCAUUAUACCUCCCGUAUUCACGUUGCUGACAUCUGCCAGGCUCUUAAGGCCAGCAUACAGAGGCCAUCUCCUGGGCAUAUAUACAAUGUAGUUGAUGACGAUCCUGCUCCUAGAGAGCAGGUAUUUAAGUUUGCUAGGAACUUGGUUGAGGAGAAAUGGCCAGGCCACUUAGUCUUCAACAACUCCGCUGAAGAGGUAAAGUCUCUAAUCCCGCAGGGAGGUUCAAGGGGAGAGAAGCGAGUCUCCAAUAAACGCAUUAAAACGGAACUGGGAGUGAAUCUGCUUUACCCUACAUAUGAAUCUGGAUUACGGAGCAUUAUUGAACGCAUAGAAAUUCCAUUUGGCCAGGUGAAGAGUUAAUAUGUUUUGAAGGAUAAUGAUGAAUUGCCCCAUUCCAUCGACUCUUCUGUCCCAUACUGCGCUGCUCAUCAAGUGGAAUACAGGUCGUCUGCUCAAAAGGGAUGGCAAGUUGAGAGUAAUAAAUCAAAAAAUAGACGUACUAUUUAUGUCUGCUUGCGUGCAUUCAACAUAUUAUGUAAAUCAACACGGGAAUAACUUAUAUAAAUUUCAGAA